AACAGCCUGAGUCACUAUGAACCAGCUUUCUACGUAAGUGUGUUUCCUCUUCCCUGGUAGUAAAAAACACAGCAAUAAUAAAUUAAAUCGCUAAUGGUUUGUUGCCCAUUCGUGAAACUGCCUCCCUCUGCCUAAUUAAAGGACCGACUCUGUAGCCCUUAGCCAUCCACUGUCACGUAGAAACAUUUGAUUAUUUUAUUUUUUUACUACUAUUUGACCUGCUGAGCUGAGGAAUGUUGCUAAACUAACCCAGCUUUUUAGCACAACAUUUUCUGCUGUUAUUUGUUCCUUGUGCUACAAGUUUUUGAUAUUUGGUUAUGGUUAGUGAAGAUCAGAAGGCCCUUAAUGACAUCCUUAUUGGAUGGUACCUCAGGUUAAGAACUUAAUUCGUUCUGGAGGUCCGUACUGUUCUUAACCUGAGGUACCACUUUAGCUAAUGGGGCCUCCCACUGCCGCCGCUACACAAUUUCUGUUCUCCUCCUGAAGCAAAGUUCUUAACCCAAGGUACUAUUUCUGGGUUAGCAGAGUCUGUAACCUGAAGUGUCUGUAACCCGAGGUACCACUGUAUUGCAAUCUGUGGUGUGUGGUCAGUGGACUAGCGGGACUGGGCUGGCCCCUAAACGUUCCUGGUAAAUUAGAGGAUUAAAUCCUGGCACCUCUUUCCCAAAGCCUAAAAUCACCACUGAUUGCAAUGCUGCGGCGUGCCUCUGAAGAGCCUCCAGAAACUUCUACGAGGUCGUCAAUCACGCCCCUUACAAUGAACAAGCAGCACGCAGUCAGUGAGUACUAAACGACCUUUUUGCACCCAGUGACUCUCUUUAAAGCCCUAAACGGCCUUGGCCCAGUAUACCUGAAGGAGCGUCUCCAUCCCCAUCAUUCUGCCCAGAUGCUGAGGUCCAGCGCCGAGGGCCUUCUGGCAGUUCCCUCACUGUGAGAAGCAAAGCUACAGGGAACCAGGCAGAGGGCCUUCUUGGUAGUGGCGCCCUCCCUGUGGAACGCCCUCCCAUCAGAUGUCAAAGAGAUAAACAACUACCUGACAUUUAGGAAACAUCUGAAGGCAGCCCUCUUCAGGGAAGUUUUUAAUGUGUGACAUUUUGAUGUAUUUUUAAUAUUUGUUGGAAGCCGCCCAGAGUGGCAGGGGAAACCCAGCCAGAUGGGUGGGGUACAUAUAAUAAAUUAACACUACAUAACUGAAAUAGGUGUCCUUGCCAUAUUGGCACCCCAGGCAGUUUCCUUGCUUGCUUUUAUGGUUGGGUCAGCCCUGAGUACAGCCAGCCUGGUUUACUCAUGUCCAGCUGGAGAUGCCUUUAUGCAAGUCUUCUGAUCCCCAAGACAGACAUUUGCCUCCUGCAGCUGCUGCUACUACUCCAGACAGGUUCCUGCUUAAUUGUUCUAGAGGCUAUCUGGAAAGCCACCCUCUAUACCUAAAUAGCACCUCUUGAACAAUCAGGAGGGGGAAAUGCCAGAGAGUUAACUGGCCACCACUGCAGUAAGGUUUUAGUGGUGUGGUGGUACUUAGGCAUGUUCUCUUCAAAAUAAGUCCCAAAGCGUUAAAAGAGUCUGAGCAACAACUUCCAUAGGAGUCGCCUGUUGCCUCACUCUGAGUGAGAUUCAGUUGAAUACCAGAUAACAUAGCUGUCAACUUACAGAUUUGAAAAUAAGGGACCAGCAGCCUCGAAAAUAAGGGAUCAGCAGCCAAAAUAAGGGAUCAACAAUUACUUUGAUAAAAUACAUAUUUUGUUGCGUGCAAAUGGCUUUAGAUACCUAUUAGGUCCAUAAAUUACCAUAUAGCAUAUAUUCAACACAAAAAAAAAGCAACAAUUUGUUGUUGACAAAGGCCAGCUGGACAUAUAAAGGGCCCCAUUACCUUCAGUAGCUUAGGGCCUCAUCCAGCCUAAAUCCAGCCAAGGGGAGAGCCUAAGUGCACAAAGGACUAGAUCCUUACUUAUUCAGAUAUUGUGGCCCAGGUGUAGCUGAUUUUCUUGGUGUUCCCUGUUAAAAAUGUCUUAACAGCAGGGGGUGGGAAGUGGCAACAACUGAUGUUCUAUAAAUGAGGCUCAUUGCUUGCAAUAGAGAGCAAAUGGGGAGAAGGUAUAAAACGACUGCUGCUGGGUAGUUUUCUCUAGGGUGGUGGAAUUUCAGAAAUAACGUAAGCAGGAUGUGGUACUCCAAAGGGUUUGGGUGCUUAUUGUUGUGUUGCGUGAUUGAGAGAGUGGCUUGUGCUACUAUUGGGGAGUUUUCAAGGCACAAGCCAGUGACUGGGCAGCUGCAAAAUGGCGCUAGUGAAGAAUCUUCAAGGCAAGCUGAUGUACCUUCUCCUACGCAGCCCUUGACUUUGUUACCCACCAGCUCCCCGCGGCCUGUUGCGGUGCAAUGCCACAAAGACGAAAUGGUGAUAGCCGUUCACAGAGAUCUGUUUGGGACCGGGCAGCUGAUCCAAGCUGUUGAUCUCCACUUAGGCCUGCAAGGCUGCCGAUAUACUUCUGCUGGUGCUUCUGACUUGGUUGUUUUUGAGGUGGGGCUUCAGGAGUGUGGCAUCAAUCUACAGGUAAUGUGAGACUUGUGUACAAAUAAGAUCCUCCUUAUAUAUGUGUGUGUGUGUUUGUUUUUGUUUUUUUUUUUUUUUGUGUGUGUGUGUAUUCCUAUAUGCAUUUACCUUGGAGUAAGUCCUGUUGUACUCAGUGUGGCUUCCUGCUUUACAGAGUUAUUCCUGUGGGAGUUUCUGCCUCAGGUGCCGAAAUAUCUCCCUCUUCCCAGCAGAAUAAAGUGUAGCAAUAAUAAGUUACAGUACAUUAUAAUUUGCUGCCCUUUUUAUGAUGCCCCAAACCUGAACAGCUGCCUUAUUCUGCCUAAUGAAUAGGCUGUCCUGUCCUGUAAACAGCACUUUGGGGAGCAAUUUGCAACUGAAAACUUAUGCUGGGUCCUGCAAGUGUGUCUUCUCUGAAAAUUAAAAGUGAUCACAUGAAAUGUGCUUGUUUGAAUCCAUUAUUAGGGAUGGGGAAAUAUAUCAACUUGAGUUUAUUUCAGUUUGUUUUUUCCAUUCCUAAGUUUAGUUCUCUACAUUUCCACAUAAGUUUGUGGGUUGUUGUUUUUUUUAAGCUCUCACAUUUUAGUGUGAAUUUUGCUUUGCAUUUGUGCAGCAGUUUCCCCAUAAUGCAGUUUUAUGUCAUUUUCACCAGUGUAUGAAUUUAUGUGCAUACUUCACGCUAGUGUUUGCAUUCUUAUACACAUUACUUGACUUUCGAUUUGCAUUGUGAAAUUUGGAGAAGUGAAAGUUCCAAAGGACAACUCCAUUUCAGUUCACAUAUUGCUUGGCAAGCGUGGACUGGUUAGUUUCAUCUUGAAACACAAGCUGAUUCUAAUUUCUCCUCCAUCGCUGGCCAGGAAUGUAGUUCCUUGAAAAUGCAGCUCACCACAGUUAUGCAAAAAUUAAAAACCAGCCCUUAAUCAUCCCUUGUGAAAAUAGCCUGACCUUAGUUACGCUCACUCCACAACCACUUUGUAUUAAUAGGUAACGGGCAAUAACUCUGAACACUAAAAAUACAGAAUACAGUGGUACCUCGGGUUAAGUACUUAAUUCGUUCCAGAGGUCCAUUCUUAACCUGAAACUGUUCUUAACCUGAAGCACCACUUUAGCUAAUGGGGCCUCCUGCUGCUGCCGCGCUGCCGGAGCACGAUUUCUGUUCUCAUCCUGAAGCAAAGUUCUUAACCUGAAGCACUAUUUCUGGGUUAGCGGAGUCUGUAACCUGAAGCGUAUGUAACCCGAGGUACCACUGUAUUGAAACCUGCUGUGAAGUGAAUUGUCUAAAGACUACCGGGUUGCUUUAUUCUUCCAGACAACAGCAGACUCCCUGUUCUACCGCACAAGACUGUACUAUAACCCAAGCUCUGCAAGCAGCCCUGGAAUUGUAAGAAACAGCUCAGUAGAGAUCCCUAUUGAGUGCCACUACCCGAGGUGAGCAUCUUAGGCCACAGUUCAAUAACCCACUUGCAUGUCAACAGCCAUUGAGUUGUAAUUUAUUUUUCUUUUUAGGGAAGAUAAGGUGAGCAGCAAUGGCACCAAGCCCACCGGGGUUCCUUUGACUUCGACAAAGUCUGCAGAAGGAGGGUUCCGCUUUUCCUUGCGUCUGAUGACUGGUAAGGGAGAUUCCAAACCCUGAAGAGGACAGUUUAUCAGAUACUAUUUUAAGUCUCCCUCUCUCCUCCUCCUUUCCUUUGUUUGUUGUGGAUGACUAUAGAUGACUGGAGUGCUGAGAGGGAGUCUACUCGAUACUGGCUGGGUGACUAUCUCCAUAUCCAAGCAGACGUCGAGAGGGAAGGAGACCAUUUGCCUGUCAGGCUAUUGGUCGAUAGCUGUGUGGCUAAACAAACACCAGAGGAAGAGGCCAGCUUACAAUAUGCAAUUCUUGACUUCCAUGGGUAAGAUGGGGGGGCGGGAAUUGAGCAAGAGACUGACUAGCCUUAGUGGAACCCGUGGAAAGGGACUGUUACAUGUCACUCCAAUUUCUGAGCAGUGUGAGACUGCAGGAGUUACAGUGAUGGCUCCCUCUGGUGAAAAACAGCAUAGGGAUUUGGGGGGUAAAUUCCUGUUAGUGACCCAAUCCUCACGGGCAGCAGAGGAUCUCUGUCUGCUUGCCCACCUUCAGAAGAGAUUCACACAGAAUGACUCCUGCCUAUACCGACCUAGAAUCAAUUAAGGCCGCAAUCCUAAUGCAACUUACCUGGGAGUGGGCGUGGUGAGGACUGUGCUGUAAGGCUACAGUUCUACACACAUCUCCUUGGAAGUAAACACCCUGGGCUGGCUUCUGCGUAAACAUACAUAAGAUCAGGUUGCACGUUUACAUUCCCAAAUAAUUGCCAAACUGGAUUAAUGCUCAAGCGUUUUUUCUGACUGUACCAUCUUUGGAUCCAGAUGCCUGGUCGACGGGAGAAUUCAUGAUGUGAAAUCCGCCUUCAAAAUCCCAAGACCGCGCCUGGAAACACUCCAGUUCACCAUAGAAGCGUUCAGAUUUUCUGGGGACAUAAGGAACUUGGUGAGAGGACUCCUUCGUCUCACUAGGUUCCAGGCCCAGCCCUACCAUUGGGCAGAAUAAAAGUGAGGGUGAGGGUGUUGAUGGGCAAGGCUGGGUGAUCCACCCUGCGCCUCCUUAAGAGUGCCUGCUGUCCUUAGCGGUGCUGAAGUAAGAUUCAGCUGGCCAUGCAGUCCACUUCUUUCCAUGCAGGCCAUAUUUUGUCUUGCCCCUGCACAGCUGGCCCUGCUUUCUCUUUUCAUUUACAGUGAGAUGGUGGCAUUCCCCACUCUGACCCUGUUUAAUUUCCCUUCAAGAUCUACAUUGCUUGCCAUCUGAGAGUCGUUGCGACUGACAAAGGACCAGAUCCUCUAAAUAAAGCUUGUUCGUUCAACAGCCAAAGAAGCCUGUAAGUAUCAUAGCUUGCAUUAUGGGAAAGACAGGGCUUUGAGGAGUACUAACGUGAAAUUUUUGUAUGUAUCAGUUGGCUACCAGUAGAAGGCUCUGAGGACAUCUGCAACUGCUGUGAAACUGGGAACUGUGUAUCAUCUAAAGGAUGGCCCAGCACAAACAACCCCAGCAAUCGCCGUACAUCAGAACAGAGGGAACAAGUGACUUCAGGGUCAGGUAUGCUCUAAACCUGGGCAGUGGGGGAACCUGUGGUCUUCCAGGUGGUGUUAGAUUCUACCUGCCACGAACUCCUUCCAGUAUAGCCAGGUAUAAAAAUGGGGGGUUGGGUCACAUCCUACACCAUGUUUAUAAAGUACAUACUUUCCCCCAAAGCAUCCCAAGAACCAUAGUUUGCUAAUGGGGCAGGGGGUAAACUAUAGUUCCCAGGAUUCUAUGGGGGAAGCCUUGGGCUUAACACCAGUCCUGAAAGACGUACAUUGGCUCCCAGUACGUUUAAAAGUGUUGGUGCUGACCUUUAAAGCCCUAAACAGCGUUGGCACAGUAUACCUGAAGGAGCGUCUCCACCCCCAUCGUUCUGCCCAGACACUGAGGUCCAGCUCCGAGGGCCUUCUGGUGGUUCCCUCACUGCAAGGUUACAGGGAACCAAGCAGAGGGCCUUCUCGGUAGUGGCACCAUCUCUGUGGAACGCCCUUCCAUCAGAAGACACAUGAAGGCAACCCUGUAUAGGGAAGUUUUUAAUGUUUGAUGUUUUAUCGUGUUUUUAAUAUUGUGUUGGGAGCCGCCCAGAGUGGCUGGGGAAACCCAGCCAGAUGGGUGGGGUAUAAAGAAUAAAUCAUUAUAAGUGCAUAGUAUGGGUGUAACCUUGUACCCAAACAAUAACUGGCCUGCCACAGGCUCCUGACCCUGCUCUCAACUUACUCUAUGGCAGUAGCUCAGCUACUGAGAACUGCAAACUACACACUAGCUGGAUAUUCUGGAACCUUCUGCAUCUCUAAACUGAGUGGGAAUGCUUGAAUGUUGUCAUAAGUGAUGUUAAGAGCAAUGCUAUACUUUCCCCGUAUUUCAAAGGUAAAAGCCGUGCGCAUGGAGUUUCAAAAAAUGUACAGUAUUGUUUUCCACAUGGCACAGAAAGCUUGUGGGACCAGCUCUUGCCUUUAACACUGGGGAUAAGCUUGUUUUAAGGCUCUAAAACAACUCGUUCUGUUGUUCACUUCUAGCUAUCAUUGACAUCUCGGAAGGGGAAGCUGAAGCAGACCUUCUGGUGGGACCUCUCUUAAUCCUCGAUGCUCCUUGGGACCUCCAGAGAGGGGAAGUGGAAACAACAGACAUGGGGGCCCAAGGUAAGAAAGGAAAUGGCUAAAUCAAAGACUUGUGCUUUGAUAAAGUAGGGGUGGGGAUCUGUGGCCCUCCACCUAACUUCAUGCAAAUCCUGGAAGGGGACAAGAAGGGAAAAAUUGCGGGGGAGGUGGUCAAAACAGAUGAAGCCAAGGCUCUUUCUGCAACUAUUCAGUUCAGACCUGGCGAGAAAGAUCAGUUCCUUCCCCGGCAACCUCCUGAGGUGGACUGAAUGGAGAAGUGGAGGUGCAGAGAGAAAUUGGGGGGGGCUGGCCCCACACACAAGUGUGCAGUUCCCCAACAGAGAAGAGGAAGUUCUCCUUGAGGUGUUAGUUUUCAGGACCCACCCUAUUCUUGUGCCUGUAACUUGUUUUAACUUUUUAAAAUACUGAAUUUUGAAUUCUUGCCACACACACCCCGGGACUUGCUGGUGAAAGGCAGGUAACAAAUUUCAUCACCCUCCUCGUCUUCAUGUCUAUGUGGCAUUCCUAGAGAGUUUCAAGCCAUUUACCAACGGAAGCCUCUCAUCUAAGCCUUGCGAUGGGAAGAAAUGAUCAGUUUUCUUCAAGUUUUUGUGAAACAUAUUUACUUUCGUAUUGGUGGAAUGAUCUUUCUUGAAGGAAGGGCUAUUGAUGACAAAUGGCCUGGAGGCUGAGAACUUGCUAUUUGCAUGAAAUGUACUUGUCUACAGGCUGCAACAUAUAAAACCCUUGCUAGUUCUAUGUUCUGGAGGAUGGAUGGCGGCUAACAGAUUGAGGUUGAAUCCUGACAAGACAGAAGUACUGUUUUUGGGGGACAGGAAGCGGGCGGGUGUGGAGGAAUCCCUGGUCCUGAAUGGGAUAACUGUGCCCCUGAAGGACCAGGUACAUAGCCUGGGAGUCAUUCUGGACUCACAGCUGUCCAUGGAGGCAUAGGUCAAUUCUGUGUCCAGGGCAGCUGUUUAUCAGCUUCAUCUGGUAUGCAGAGACCCUACCUGCCCGCGGACUGUCUCGCCAGAGUGGUGCAUGCUCUAGUUAUCUCUCGCUUGGACUACUGCAAUGCGCUCUAUGUGGGGCUACCUUUGAAGGUGACCCGGAAACUACAACUUAUCCAGAAUGCGGCAGCUAGACUGGUGACUGGGAGUGGCCGCCGAGACCAUAUAACACCGGUCUUGAAAGACCUACACUGGCUCCCAGUACGUUUCCGAGCACAAUUCAAAGUGUUGGUGUUGGCCUUUAAAGCCCUAAACGGCCUCAGUCCAGGAUACCUGAAGGAGCAUUUCCACCCCCAUCGUUCUGCCCGGACACUGAGGUCCAGUGCCGAGGGCCUUCUGGUGGUUCAUGAGUACAUAGGAAACUAAUAAGUUUCCUUAAUAAUACUUAACUAUACCGCAAGGCCAGAAAGUUCAGUUUAUAUCUGUCUUGUUGUGAUUCCUUUCUUAAAGGUGAAUCUCAUGUGAUAGAAGCCGAGGCUGACUCUACAGUUGGACGUCAGUUUAUCCUCAAAGCAGACGAAAGACUCGGAUGGCUCCUGGAUUCCGAUAAGGCUGUGACAACAACUGGUAAGGUCCUUUUAGAGAGCCAGUGUGGUGUAAUGGACUAAGACCUGGGAGAGCAGGGUUCGAAUCCCCACCCUGCCUUUAAGCUCACUGGGUGACCUUGGGCCACAGUCCCUCACCAUCUCUUAGUCUAGUUGUGAGGAUGAAAUGAGGAGAACUAUGUACACUACCUUGAUAUCCUUGGAAGAUAAAAGUGGCAUAUAAAUGUAGUAAAAUAAAUAGAUGGCUCAAUAUAAGAGAAUCCAUAGAUUUCCCCAAAGGCUCUUGCCUCUCAGUAACUGUAGUCAUGGCUUCUGUUCCACCUUUUGCAAUUUUGCUCUAAAAAAUCUGCUCCAAUAAUUACUACAGCUAUGGUGAUUUUCUUUCCUAAACCAAUAUACUGGGAUCUUGAGAAGUGUUAGAGAGGGUGUCUACCCAAAUAAGUCCUGAGGCCAGAAUGGGAUAGACAAAUGGGACCUGAAACAAAAUGUUGCAGUGUGUAAUGCUGCUAUUUAGGAUUCAAAAACCACCAGUCAGUCAACUCCGGAGCAAAAACAAUCCUCAUUUGACUGUUUUUUGGAGGGAAUCCCUCUAAAGUUUGUGGGUGGGUGGUGCUGUUUAGGCUACAUGGAUUGGAAAGACAGUUGUACCUUGGAUUCUGAAUGCCUUGCGAGUCGAACUGUUUGGCUCCUGAACGCCGCAAACCCGGAAGUGGGCGUUCCGGUUUAUGAAUGUUCUUUGGAACCCGAAUGUCCGACGUUGCUUCUGAUUGGCUGCAGGAGCUUCCUGCAGCCAAUCGGAAGCCGCGCCUUGGUUUCCGAACAUUUUGGAAUUCGAAUGGACUUCCGGAAUGGAUUCCAUUUGAGUUCCAAGAUACCAUGGUAGAGAGGUGAAGAUCAGAAUUGUAAUGAAUGGCUAAUUGUAGCUAACGCAGAACAAAUCAAGAUGCAGUUAAAAGCAACAGGAAUUGUAACUUCCUUCCUUUCCCCUCCUCCUCCUCCUCCUCCUUUUUAAAGCCCUGUAAGACUUUUUAAAAAGCAAAAUGGUGGCUUUGCCUCAGAGCCUCCAAAGUUGCUGUUCUUGACAAACUCUUUGACAAGCCAAUGCCUUAACGCUCCUAUUCCCUUGACUGUAGAUGAUGCACCACACACCAAAUCUGAAAAUGUUGUUGAGGCCAAGCUAACCUCUGCUACAGAUGAAAGCUUGGGUGAACUGGCACCCCCUGUGGAGAUAACAAAGUUGUCCCUGCAAGGUAAUGGACAUAAUGAAUGCAUGGCACCGUUUACUAAAGGGGCUGGGUAGCGAACCAUGGGAGAUGGAGCUCUUGGUUUUAAUACUUCUUAAACUCCUUUUAGGCACUGCAUCACAGAAGGGGACUGUCCUGGAACAAAUCCAAACCACAGCAGCUGCAAUCGUGGUGCUUGUCCUACUGAGCUGCUUCUUCUAGAUACGUGGAUAAAUCCAUUUGCUUGUAUAUUGAAAACGGAGGUUUUUUUCUUGCAGCCUGAAACUGUAGAGCUGGCAAGAAUUGUUUAUGUAAUGUCUGCUGAAAGCUUGUGGCCAGGUGGAUCAUCCUCUGCAAGGGCUUAAGCAAAAUGGACUACUGGAAUGAAAAAUAAAAUGC